AUGACCCGCCAGGAUGCUCCGUUUUUCGCGGGGAGCGUACUCAUCUUGGCAUUAAUCGCGUCUUUCGUGGCGCUGAUUGCGCCGGUUUCCGCGGCAAAGCAGAGUGACUUCCCCGCCUGCUGGUACUCGGGCCUGCUGCCCGUGAAACCGAAUGUGACUGUAACGAGGUGCCUGGACGCCGCGGAAUGGACGUGCUGCUCUGACUGCGAGGACCGGAAAUACGCGGUAGUGGAGGCGUCCACGGAUGGCCGCGUUAUACUUAAUCAAGUCUCGCCGGGGCUCGGCGACAAGUUCACAAACGUCAACAUGAUGGUGUGCGCGCAGUUCAGCGAGUUCCAGCAGUGCCAGCUCCUCCUGGAGCAGGUCGUGUGCGCCACGGGGUGCAACCCGGAUUCGGGCAGCUACUUCAAGCUGGUCAACGGCACGCGCGUCAUGCAGGUCUGCAACGCCUUCUCGCAGACCGUCUACCAGACCUGCAAGGGGCUCACAC